AUGGUGCUGUCCUUGGUUCCUCGUAAGGAGCCGCUAGCGGUGAUCGAUGAGCCGACCAUGUCUGGGGGUUCUAAUGGCGACCACUUCGUCGAGCGAGUGGUGUUUCAUCCAAGUCGUGGUAGCAUCGUGUGUGUCAAGGGAGACACUUUGGAGGAGCUGGACGUCGUCACCGGAGCUCUGCUCUGUCACAUCACGUUCGACUUGUUGGCGUCGAGCAACAUGGAUUUGAUCCUCCCCGCCGGCUCGCACUUUGUAGUGGGGUUGCUUCAAUCCCGUCUCCUCGUGGUUUGGGACUUAGAAGACGCCGUGCUGCUGGCCACCUCAGACGUCGACAAAGUGCACAGCAGCCGUCGAGUCACGGCCCUCGCCACGUCGCUCUGCUCCGAUCGGUGGCUCUUCUUCAACUCCGAGGGCAGCAACAACGUCCGCGUGACUCGCGUGGACUCGCCGCGUCCAGCGCGUGAGAUCCUCCGCAAGAGUUCACUGCGUGGGGGGUCCGUCGUGUCGUUGGCGUACUCAACAGAGCACCAUUUACUCAGCUCCGGAUGCAACGAUGGCACGAUUCAAGUCUGGAGUAUAAUUUCCGCCUCGGAUGAGGGGGACGCUGGAGCUCCUCGGAAGGGGCAGGAGAAUACGGACUUCGCCACUCCACUCUUUGCGGUGCAGUUGGCUCAGUCUCCCGUCGUGGAACUCGCCAUUGGAAUGUGUACCGGAUGCGGAGCCAAUGGAAGCAGCAGCAACAUGUUCCUCGCGGCAGGAUACCAGAACCGCCGAGUCGAUGUUAUUGCGAUGAACGGACAGGCUCACACCUGCGUGGCCUCCACCACAUUGAAUCCGCCUCAAACCCCGGACUUCUCGCGGUUAAGUGGAACUUUAUCGUUGACAAUCCAUGGUCAACUUCCUGUGCUGCUGGCGCACUGGCGUUCAUUCAGACGCGAGUAUGGCGUUGAUGCCAUUGCAGCUUGGGAGCUGGUGAAUGGUAGUGGGAACUCGAUCACAAGUCCUCGGGGUGGCGCAGGGGGAAACACCAGUGGAGGAGGAGCUAUGACCGAGUGGUGGAAUAUUUUGACUGCUGUACUAGCCACAGAUACCAUUCUGUGGCAGAACUCUUUGGCGGUCUAUGCGAGCACCACGGAGCGUCGGGCGGUGUUCCUCCUUGAUGUUCAGCAGAACCAAACGGGCUCAAGAACCGAAACCGAGCCUAAGAUACCUCCCACGCUCAGCACAACGACCCAGCUCACGCUAGCGCAGUAUCACGACUAUCCCGUAGGUCUGCCGUCGUCUCAGCUCCAAAUCGCCGUGAAGACCAGCGCCAAAGGCAAUCCAGUCCUCAAACUGCAGCGAUUCUCACAGCUCUCGGGGCGAUUGACGGGCUCCAGCGACCAGCUUCCAGACUGGAAGAGCCAACGCAGUGUUCCAUUGGUCCCAUUUCAAGUUAUUGGCAGUAGCCACCAGUCUGCUGUGUGCAUUAAACUACGAGAGAAAGGUGACGACGCUGCCUCGAAUGGCGUCCGUCCGUCGUCGUUCUAUUUCGUAGUACUCGAUCUUGAUCCCACCGUGGACACUGCAGUGAAUGAUGCGAUGGCUCAUCCAGACGAUGAAGAAGGCGCGAUAGCUCCGAGUUCACUACCAGCGAUCGAGUUGAAGUGCGGCCUGCUACAGUACGACGCUCGCGAUGUGUGCUUCGGCAUGACUCCGUCCACUGAAACCCCCGAUGCAGCCAAGAGUCCAGCGUAUUUGCUGUUGAUCCUCUCGAAGGCAGGAGACACACUCAGCUUCCAGGCGGCACGUGAUCCUAGUAACGACGCUGGAUCCAAGGUGAAGCAGAAUCAGCCCGUUCGGCGUAUUUUCCCGACACCGCUGUUACUCCCAGCAAGUUCUCCGCUCCAGGGUGCUGUGGUCUGUAAGGUGUUAUACCUUCUGGAGUCAGAGCGUCUAGUGAUCAGUGGCGACGACCUGUCCGUGCCUGAAAACUCGUCGUCGUCUUGGGUGUGUGGACCAAAUGAACGCGUCGUCGACGCUCAGUGGAACUCUUCGUCUUGUGCUCAGAUCGGCCCGCACGAUUCACAGCAGCGGCUUCUCUUGGCUGUGUCAACAACUCGGCGUAUCGUGGUGCUGUCGCCCGAGCUCCGAGAGUUGCGCGCUUACGACUUCAUGAACGACCUCAUGGGGACACCCGAGAGUUUGUUGUGGGUCUCUCAGACGCUGUUGUACGCUACAGAAGGACAGCAAGUGCGCUACGUCACUCCAGUCGCCAACCACCUCCAGAAUGAUCCAAGCCGGCUAUUGUGCAGCAUCGCAGCCGAACUUGACGCUCGUCCUGGUUUCACCCGGUCCAGCGUCCAGCUUGUGUCUCUGUGUGGAGACCGACUGUGCUACUCCGUCUCCAAUCCAGCUACGCUUCACAGCCGAUUGUCACUGCACUCCGUCGGGUUAUGUGAGCCAUUGUUGUUGGGUUUUGCAGUCCCUAACGCCACUCUCCGCCGUGUCUUCGAGCGUGAGGUGCUAGCAUUCACACUGAUGAACGACGACAGCGAUCGCCCCGUGUGCUCAAUCACAGACGCAGUGCUGGAGACUGCGUACCAUUCCUUUGGCUGGAAAGACAAAGUGUUGAAGGUGCUGAAGACGCUGAUCAGCUCUCAAGAGAAAUCCUCAACCGCGGUCGCAGCUACCGACGGAGCUGCGCCUGCCGCUCCGUCGUCAAACUAUAGCCGAACGUCUCUGCUGUCUCGAGCGGUGAUGGGGUCGAUAUUCCUUGACGCCCACAAGUGGGAAGACUUCCUUCGCGUGUUCCUCGCCCAUGACCCAGCGUUGGAAGAGUACGUGGUUGCCAUCGAUUCCGAUGGCGCGGCUAAGUUGCCGUCGCGAAUGGGGCCAACAGCGCGACGCUUUCGACAGCUCGCGGUUGUAUUCGAAAGCAUCGGGCAGCCGCACUGGGCCAUGCGUUGUCUCGAUCUCUCGGGAGACGACGAAGCUCUCAUGACGAUGAUCCGCAAGUUUAGUACCUCGUCGUCUUCAGAAGUGCUGGACUCGCUUCAGAAGUCGUGGACGAAGCUGAACCCGCCGUUAAGUGCCAUCACGAAAGCUUCAAUGGGGCAGGACCCUCAAUCGUCUGGGGCUGGACAGCAGGAUCCCUUCUCGAUCCUCUGCUGCGAGACGCUAACACAGCCAAUGCGUCGAGGACGUCUGCUCAACACUGUCGCGCCACUUGAUCGUCUCAAGCUACCAGCCGAGAAGCUGUCGAACCAAGACGAGGGAGCGAAUGACACGACGCGUGCUGGAACUCUCGCUUGGAAGCGUUUAGCUCCGGAGGAUGCGAGUGAGUGGCUGGGAGUAUCAACCAAAGCGCGACUUGCUACGACGGAGCCGCGUGCGCCCAACUACUCCAUCUUUGCCGUCGAGGCUUCAGCCGCCACCGGAUCACUAUUCGCCGCUAGCGCGAAGAUGACCAUCGGACCCUUUCAAGACGAAGAGGACGCUGUGGUGGCGUAUUGGCGGUUCGAAGAAGGCGCGACAGCGGCUGAGAAGCAGGCGAACGGUGAAGCAGCAUCACCCGAUGGGGUUGAGUGUUUGGACACUUCCAAGCGUGAGAACACGCUGCGUCUCCUUGGUAAUGUGGUGAACCUCGUCGAAUCGACGGCGCCAGUCGAUCGGGGUGAGCCUGGUCGUAUCCCUGAAGAGUUCGCUCUGCGCUUCCCUUCAUCAGAGACAUCGCCUUCCUCACUGCCGUCAAGUGGCUGGGGAGUUCAAUGCCCCGUUCGACCAGGCAGCACUCUUGAUGUCGGCACAGCCUUCGAUGAAGACCCGUACCGUCGUGAGUUCACGUUCGAGGUGUGGAUCCGCAACUACAAAAUGCACGCGCAGGUCCAGAAGCUGCUUGAGGACGACGAGGAAGUCCCAGCCACGAUGUCCGGUGGAGUGCGUCAAGUGUUGGUGUCUCGACGGCGUGUCGACAGCCUCGACGACGGCGUCAAAGGUGGAGACGUCUCUGGUCCUGCCUCUUGGGAGCUGGUUAUCGAUGAGGACGACUUCUUGGUGCUGACGUUCGCGAACCAGCAGCUCCGAGCCUCGCAGAAGAUGGAGCACAGUGGCAACCAAGGCUGGCGUCACGUGGCCUUCACCGUGGACGUGUCGUCACCACAACGCGUCGGUCUCAAGCUCUUCCUGGACGCGCGUUGUGUCGGUGAAUCCCAGACAACCCCCAGCAGCCAAACCGUGUCCAAGCCGUCCAAGCUGCUGCUCGGGUGGCGCAUGCAGGACUACGAGGUGACGGAGGUGCGCCUCUGGGCCACAGCUCGCUCAGCCGACCAGUUGAGCGACAUGCGCGAGAACUACUUGGGCCUGGCCGAGGCCAAGCGCCGCAUGAAGAUCGCCAUCCACCAGCGCAACUGCACGUGCGAGAAGUGCGUGUCACGUCGAGCCCAAAGCGCUGUGGGUGCUGCAGCAGGCGGAGCUCCGCGCUUGGGUCUGCCACUCAGCACUCCACUCGCUCCACCGUCACGCCAACGACGCGUUGUCCCGCAAGCCAAGCCGACCUAA